UAGCACAUCUUUGAGCUACGAUAAAACCAUCAACAGAAGAAAAAAGGCAAACGACGGAAGAGUCCAUCGUAUUAUCAUUUAAAUUUGUUAGUAAAUGGUACUCGUUAAAUUCUAUCAAACAUGAAUCAGGAGAAGUAUCCGCGAUCAUCGAUUGAGGAUGAUUUUAAUUAUGGCACGAACGUCGCGACGGCGAGCGUGCACAUCCGGAUGGAUUUCCUCCGUAAGGUCUACACCAUCCUUUCACUGCAGAUUAUCAUCACCACUGCUGUAUCUGCCCUUUUCAUGCUCUGCAACCCCAUUAAAAACUUUGUGCAUGAAAGUCCCUCUCUGGUGCUGGUAUCUGCUAUCGGGUCCCUUAUCCUGCUCCUUGCAUUGGCUGUGUACCGUCACCAGCACCCUGUCAAUCUUUAUUUGCUGUUUGGAUUUACACUGCUGGAGUCUCUGUCUGUAGCCACUGCAGUGUCAUUUUAUGAGUACACUGUAGUGCUUCAGGCCUUUGUGCUCACGUCUGCCGUGUUCCUGGGUCUCACUGCCUACACUUUCCAGUCUAAAAGAGACUUCAGCAAGCUCGGAGCCAGUCUGUUUGCUGGCCUGUGGAUCUUGAUCAUUGCGAGCUUUAUGAGGCUUUUCUUCUACAACGACACAGUGGAGUUGGUCUUCGCCGGGGCUGGAGCUCUGCUGUUCUGCGGGUUCAUCAUUUUCGAUACCCACUUGCUGAUGCAUAAGCUGUCCCCCGAGGAACACGUCCUGGCAUCCAUCAAUCUGUACCUGGACAUAGUCAACCUGUUCCUGUACAUCCUGCGCAUUCUCGACUCCAUGAAGAAACACUGAAUGUUGUGAUGCUCUUCUUCAAUUUCAGAGGUGAAUUCUGUGUGCAGUGAUGGGAGUGGUACAAAAAUAUUAUUCUUUAAUUUCCUUUAAUUUAUAUUUUUGCACUGUUGGAACUAAUUGAAUAAAAAUUGUAUUAUUAAUUAGUAUCCACAUGAAGUGCAGAUCUCAAAAAAAAACCCAGAUCAGAUAAUAUGAAAUAUUUAUAAGAAUAUAAGUCUUGUAAAAUACAUGCGCUGAAUAUAAAUCAUUAAAUUCUGAAUAUAAAUCAUUAAACAUCUGUUGGGCAUUAACAGCAAA